CCAUUGCAGUGACGGGCGCGCAUGCGUAGUGCUUUAUCUCUACGCAACACGACUGAGCUCGUGAGCUGUCAUCUUUUGGGACAAUUUUGACGCUUCUAACACCUUCUACUACACAAACUGGAUCCUUUACAGACUCUUGUUUCGCGGAGGGAUUAGCAGAAAUUACAACGAGUUAAACUAUCGAAAUUAAAAUGGUAAAAAGAACGUGUCUUGUCACGUGACCAACGCUGGCCAAUCACCAAGAGACUAGCCCCGAUUGAAGUCUGCUCUUUGUUCGGAUUACUUUGGUGUUUCGACCCGAAACUGUUGAGAGGAAUUAUUUUCUGAAUUUCUACGUGGGGGACGCGAAGAGGACGAUUUUCUUCGCUUCGCCUCAUCCCUUUAAAUAGGCACGUCGGGGACCCAUGUUGGAAGGGGUCAUUUGAAUUGCAUGGCAAUCGUUUCCAAGUUUGGCUCAACUGUUGGGUUUCAGGGUGUAUCUGGUCACGUGAUUUCCCCUCCCCCACCCUUCCCCGAAGAAUGGGAGAAGGGCGGACAUGUUGAAGGGAAUAUGUUGCUUAAAAAAAGUAUCGAGUUGGAAGACCAGAAGAUGUUUUCAAGACAAGUUUCGCCGUAUUUUUUGGAUUUACCAAUUUGCAUUUGUCUUUAUUUUAAUCCUUAGGAUUUGGGGGUAUACUUUUUUUGAACAUCUCUUAUCUCCCCAAAUUUCACUUUGAUCGCAAAAUAUCCCGCACCACCACAACGUUUUUUUUUGUAAUGUAGACAUUGUGGUUUGAUUUGCAUGUUUCAGUGACAUUGCUGGUCGUCUGUAACCUUGGGGAAUGGGGGAUGGGCGCAUGUGAUUGGGUAACCAUUGACACGUUGGACGAAUUUGUUGUUGGGGUUUUGGUUUAGUUUUCUUGCACGUGGGCAUUGCUUUGUGAUGUUACGGAUAGGAUUCACUUUAGCUAUUUAAUACCAGCUUAUACUAUUGGUGGUGACGUAACGCGUUUAGCAAGAUGGCGAAUUGUUUUACCGGGUGUAAAAGAAAUUGGUAGUCAUUUCCAAUUCAAGUAGUUCUAAGCCGGUUGUAGUUUUGGUAUGAAGAAACCAGUCAGUUUAUGAGCUUGAAAGUAGUUUUACUCCAGCAGCACUUAAACUGCUGCGUCAUCCUGUUGUUCCGGUUGCCCGGCAUGCAGUCAUUGAACUUUAUGAUAAAAGCUAUUUUGAUCGCCACUUUUUCUUCUUUUAUGAUGUCGCCACGUUUGAGUAACCGUUUCCAUAAUAUGUUCUUUGUUGGCCACGCGGGUCAUGUUCUAUGUCGUUCCGUCCGUUUGUGUCUUUCAGUUGAGGCAAACCACGAUUGUCUGUGUCGUUUGUCACACGUAGUGAGUAUUUAGAGGUAUCGUUCGGGAAAUUUAUUCGGAUCCCUGAGCACAAUUCGCUAUUUUAAACCGUCUUCGUCGUGCUUUAAGAUGGCGACCGGCGCCCCUCUGCGACUGAUCUUCUGGUAAGUGGGGAGAAGCCUGAACCGGCUGGUGGCCGCGUCGUCCCGCGGUUCGACCAAUCGGCUUGUACAUAACGCGCACAGAAAUCCCGCGUUACGCACGCAGUGGCCAAUCACUGCCUUUGCUUUGCAUACGUUGACAUAAUGCAAGACCUUCAAGUUCGGAGGCGCUUUCAACGUCCUUGCGUGCUCGUGGUCACGAAGAAGGAAAGAACACGAAUUCGGGUGGAGAAAGGCCUCAAAGAGUGACACGGUUUUGCGCGAUUCUCUUGACAUGAAAGGACGUGCUUUUAAGCUUUUUUUUUCCACCUCAAAGGCUUAACCGGCCGUUUCGGGUGCGGUGAGGUUGGCUUGCAACGCAAUGAGCGAAUCGCAACUCAGAGGGCGGGGACGUUUUCAGCACGCGUGGCCAAUAGGGUGACUCGUGGGUUUAUAAAGCAGCUGGUGUAGAGAGACGAGCGCCAUUUCCACGAAGCAAAAGGAAAUUUACGUUGGAGUUGGAGAGCGCCGAUAAAGAAAGGGGGAAAAAAAAAAACAACACAGGAAGCGGAACAGAACCGGAUACUGUCUUGAAUAUAGCAAAACGCAAUCCGGAUCCAUCCUCAUGGAUAUGGCCGUAAACCCGCUGAUUGACAGCUCCCACGGCGGGCUAGACGUCGGCCUAAUGGGGAUCACGGCCCUGGAGCAGAGUUCCGGCGCGGCGGGGAAAAGGAUCCGGAAACCGUCCCUGCUCUACGAAGGCUUUGAGAGCCCCGGGAUGCCCCCGCACAGCCAGACCACGGGCCCCGGCCCCACACAUUCCCUGGUGAAAGACCCCGGGCGACGGGGGAAGAUGACCAACCAGCUGCAGUUCCUGCAGAAGGUUUUGCUGAAGUCAUUGUGGCGCCACCACUUUGCUUGGCCCUUCCACGAGCCGGUGGACGCCGUCAAGCUCAACCUGCCUGACUAUCACAAGAUCAUCAAGAUCCCAAUGGACUUGGGCACCAUCAAGAGGAGGCUGGAGAGCAACUACUACUACAGUGCCAGCGAAUGCAUGCAGGACUUUAACACCAUGUUCACCAACUGCUACAUUUACAACAAGCCGUCCGAUGACAUCGUCUUGAUGGCCCAGUCGCUGGAGAAAGCGUUUCUACAGAAGGUGGCUCAGAUGCCGCCCGAGGAAGUGGACCUGAGCCCGCCCCCUGCGCGCAGCAGACCCGUCAAAGCGGGAAAGCGGGGCAGGGGAAGUACGCUCUCCGGGGGGGUCACCACGGCUCACCAGGUGCCCGCCGUCUCCCAGUCUGUGUACUCCCCGACCACCCCCGAACUCCCCGAAACCAUCCUGUCCACGCCGCCGCAGACCAUCAUGGCCAAGAAUCUGGCCCUCCCCCUUCCGAAUGAGCACGGCAUCCCCUCAAUGACCGGCCCCCCUCCCACGCAGCCCACUACCAAGAAAAAAGGCGUGAAGAGGAAAGCCGACACCACCACCCCGACGACGGUGGCCAUGCCCAUCAUGAGCUCCAUGAGCGUGGCCGGCAUGGGCUUGGGCCUGGGCAGGGGGCACGACGCCGCGCUCACCCUCACAGCGCUCGGGGUGGAGCACGACGCCGGCCUGAGCCUCGGCCAAGGUCUGGCCCUGAGCCAGGGCUUGAGCCUCGGUCAGGGUCUGGGCCUCAACCAGGGCCUGGCCCUCAAUCAGGCGAUGGGCAUCAACGCCGAUCACGGGCAAGUCAUGCUGGGUAACAAAGCGCCCGCGGGCUUCAGGAGAGGAGUGAGCGGGCGGCCCAUCAAGCCCCCCAAGAAGGACCUGCCCGACUCCAUCCUGCCCACGCCGGUGCGUCGCAGCAAGCUGUCGCCGCAGCUGCGCUACUGCAGCGGCGUCCUGAAGGACCUCCUGUCCAAGAAGCACGCCGCCUACGCCUGGCCCUUCUACAAGCCCGUCGACGCGUCCUCGCUCGGGCUCCACGACUACCACGAAAUCAUCAAGCAGCCCAUGGACCUCAGCACCAUCAAGAGGAAGAUGGACAGCAGAGAGUAUGUGGAGGCUCAGCAGUUUUCGGCCGACAUCAGACUGAUGUUCUCUAACUGCUACAAAUACAACCCCCCCGAUCACGAUGUGGUGACAAUGGCUCGAAAGCUCCAGGAUGUUUUUGAGUUCUGCUUUGCCAAGAUGCCCGACGAGCAGCCGGCGCCCCCGAGCUCCUCCUCUUCCUCCUCAUCCUCGUCCUCGUCGUCUUCCGAGAGCGAGCUGAGCAGCGAGGAGAGCGAGAGCGAGAGCAGCCCCAGCUCGGACUCCGAAGAGGAGCGAGCCAACCGCCUGGCCGAGCUUCAGGAGCAGCUGAAAGCCGUCCACGAGCAGCUCACGGCGCUCUCUCAGGGCCCCAUCGUGAAACCCAAGAAGAAGAAGGAGAAGAAGGACAAGAAGAAGAAGAGGCGGAAAGGCGAGAAGCACCCAAAGAUGGAAGAAGAAUUGGUCUCCAUCAGGCCCACCAAGGCCUCCAAAGUUAGCAAAACUCCCAAAACUAAAAGCAACAAGGCCACCGGAACCCUGAUGCCGAUCAAGAAGAGCCAGAGCAAGAAAAACAACAAGAGCAAGUCCAAAAAGGGAGGCGUGAUGUUCAGCGUGCCGCCGGCCAUCCCGGAGCCCCUCGUGCACCAUUUCGACUCGGACGAGGAAGAAGAGACGGCGCCCAUGUCAUACGACGAGAAGCGGCAGCUCAGCCUGGACAUCAACAAGCUGCCCGGCGAGAAGCUGGGCCGCGUCGUUUACAUCAUCCAGUCGCGAGAGCCGUCCCUGCGAGACACCAACCCGGAGGAGAUCGAGAUCGACUUCGAGACGCUCAAGCCGUCCACGCUGCGAGAGCUGGAGCGCUACGUCAUGACGUGCCUGCGGAAGAAGCCGCGCAAGCCUUACGCCAUCAAGAACAGCGCCGGAAAGUCACGGGAGGAGCUGGCAUUGGAGAAACAACUGGAGCUGGAGAGAAGGCUGAUGGAUGUCAGCGGCCAGCUCAACUCCGGCAAGAAGCCCGCCAAGGCCAAGUUGGAGAAACCGACCGCAGAGUCGAGCACUCAGCCGUCACGCCUCAGCGCCAGCAGCUCCUCCUCGGACUCCUCCUCGUCUUCCUCAUCCUCAUCAUCCUCCGACACCAGCGAGUCCGACUCCGGCUGAGGGCCGGAAGACUUUCAGAUGGUGUUUUUGUUUUAACCCCUUUAUUUUAUUUGCGGGCGGGGUUACCUGACGAGCCCUCUUGUUGCGCCACCCCCCAACGGACUGGACCAGAACGGCCGGCCCCAGCCGAGAGGUGGCACCUUGUUUGGGCUGCAUGAGUGGUGGUGGAGGUGGAGGGGGGGCUUAUUCUGGGUCUAUAUUGGACCGAGCGAGGGAAGUUUCAUCGGGGGAAAGUUGCGUUGCAUGUGUCGGGGGUGAGAGUUUAAGGGUGCUCGAGCCAGAGUCUGCGAUACUUCUGGACAUGAUUUCCCUUCUUUACUGUGCCCGCUGUCUUGACGGUGUGUGUAAAUGUUUUGUACAGUUAUUGAACUCUUUUCUUUUAUAAAGAAGCAUUUUAUUCCCUUUGUGGGAACCCGCAACCGUUUGUGUGUCCGGGCGUGCGUGCAGCUUGCUGAAGUUCUCCACAGUUUUGACGCAGGCGUUGGAAAGUGGGCGUGGCGCUCCACCUGUGUGACAUUUGAUGAAGUCGAAGUGGAUUUUUUUCCUACCAGUGUUUUGUUUUCCUCUCUUUUCCAGUGUUUCUGUACACUCGAUUGCUUCUUGUGACCAAUUUGCGAAUAAAAACGAAAGCGGUGAGGA